GUCUCCAAGUUUCCAUGCCCUUGUGUUGGAUGCACGCCCCAACUGCACUUCAUCAAGCCCUUAUCCACAAAGCAACCCCUCAAUUUUCCGCUGCUACCUUAUGAGUUCCGAAACCCGCAACAACUGCAACCAACAGCAUCGUUAAUGGCGACAGUUUCAAGCGAAUUCCUGUCGCAUUGCCUCCCACUUGGUACCAAUUCGAAGCGCGCGUGGCUUCCAAAUCCAAGCAACACCGUGAUCACCUGCAGAAUCCCACUUCUAAAUGAAGACAACCCCAGCAAGCGAAGACUGAACAACAACAACAACAACAAGGGACACACGAGGGUCACUUCCUCCGACACAAGACCCCAACAACAACAUUACGAUUUUCGAGACACCCAUCACAUGAAAGCCCUCAACAGGCUUUGCAAAACGGGCAAGUACACCGAAGCCCUCUAUUUUCUUGAGCAAAUGGUGAAGAGGGGUUACAAGCCCGAUGUCAUUCUCUGCACCAAACUCAUCAAGGGCUUGUUCACUUCCAAGAGAACAGAGAAAGCGGUGCGGGUCAUGGAGAUUCUGGAACAGUACGGUGACCCUGAUUCUUUUGCUUACAAUGCAGUGAUAAGCGGGUUCUGCAGGAGCGAUAGGUUUGAUGCUGCCAAUAGGGUGAUUCUGAGAAUGAAGUAUCGAGGCUUCUCCCCUGAUGUUGUUACCUACAACAUUCUCAUUGGGAGUCUUUGUGCAAGGGGGAAGCUUGAUUUGGCUUUGAAGGUUAUGGAUCAGUUGCUGGAAGAUAAUUGCAACCCUACUGUGAUUACUUAUACUAUCUUGAUAGAAGCGACUAUUAUACACGGCAGCAUUGAUGAUGCAAUGAGGCUUCUGGAUGAGAUGAUGUCAAGAGGGCUUCAGCCUGACAUGUACACUUACAAUGUCAUUGUGAGGGGCAUGUGCAAACGCGGGUUGGUGGAUCGAGCGUUUGAGUUUGUUUCCAAUUUGAACACGACGCCAAGCUUGAACCUCUACAACUUGCUGCUCAAGGGUCUUUUGAAUGAGGGCAGAUGGGAAGCUGGGGAGAGGUUGAUGUCCGAUAUGAUUGUGAAGGGUUGCGAGCCGAACAUUGUGACCUACAGUGUUUUGAUUAGUUCGCUGUGUCGUGAUGGGAAAGCUGGGGAGGCUGUGGAUGUGUUGAGGGUUAUGAAGGAGAAGGGGUUGAACCCUGAUGCUUAUUGCUAUGAUCCGUUGAUUUCUGCUUUCUGCAAAGAGGGGAAAGUUGAUUUGGCUAUAGGGUUCGUGGACGAUAUGAUAUCUGCUGGGUGGUUGCCGGAUAUUGUCAACUACAACACAAUCAUGGGGUCUUUGUGUAAGAAGGGAAGAGCUGAUGAGGCAUUGAACAUCUUCAAGAAGCUUGAGGAAGUGGGUUGUCCGCCAAAUGCAAGUUCUUAUAACACAAUGUUCGGUGCGCUGUGGAGUAGUGGGGACAAAAUUAGAGCAUUGACGAUGAUUUUGGAGAUGUUGAGCAACGGUGUUGAUCCUGAUAGGAUCACGUAUAAUUCACUGAUAUCAAGUUUGUGCAGAGAUGGAAUGGUGGAUGAGGCCAUUGGGUUGUUGGUGGACAUGGAAAGGACCGAGUGGCAACCUACGGUUAUUAGUUACAACAUUGUUCUUCUUGGAUUGUGCAAAGCACACAGAAUCGUAGAUGCCAUUGAGGUGCUGGCUGUCAUGGUUGACAAUGGAUGUCAGCCAAAUGAAACUACUUACACGUUGUUGGUGGAAGGGGUUGGUUAUGCUGGAUGGCGAAGUUAUGCAGUGGAGCUAGCUAAAUCCCUUGUUAGUAUGAAUGCUAUUUCUCAAGAUUUAUUCAGACGUUUACAGAAACAAAACCAUUUCCGUGCCUGAUAUGUACAAAGAGCUCGCUUGAUUAGAUUACAUUAAAUUCUUGGGCAUAAAGCUGAUUUAUUCGGGUCCUCUAAUUGAGAUUUUUGUUCAGCUCAAUUUGAUGUGUUAUUUCUAAUUUACUGUUUUGGGAUGUAGUUUGAAGGGAAGGAAUAUCAAAGGGACUGUCAUUACUUCUUAAUUUUGAUGAAGAUGUUAUAACUCAUGACCAAGUCUCUGUUUUCACAUGCGCAGAGUUUGUACCUAAUUGUUAUCCAAUGACUUAUAAAGGAAACAAUCUGUCAAUUUAUACCA